UCCAACGGAGCUGAAUCCAGCUCAGCAAAGCCCAGCCACCAGGGAGCAAGGCGUGGAAUACCCAUGGUUCUGGUGGCACAGGAACUGCCUCUCGUGUGCCUGAUGCUGCUCCUGCUCUGCAGAGAGCCGGGUGUGAAUGCCCAGGUGGGCCAGGGCUUCAGUCUGCAGCAGCCCCAGGCCAAGGUGACGGUGGCAGCAGGGGAGACGCUCACCCUGAACUGCAUCACGUCUGGAAUUGCUGGACCAGGUCCUGUGAAGUGGCUGAAGGGCUGGGGGACUGGGAACAAGACUGUCUAUGACCAGAAGAAGCAGGAUCCUUCCUCCCGUGUGACGAGAGCAGUGAAUGGGUCUGACACAGACUUCACCAUCCUCAUCAGGAACGUUCAGCCUGAGGACAUGGGCACCUACUACUGUGUGAAGUUUGUCACGGGGCUCACCGGUGAUGAUGAGGUGUUUCAGCGUGGCAAGGGCACCGAGGUGUCUGUGCAAGGUGCCAACCCUCUGUCCAGCCUCCUCCUCCUGCUGUGGAUGGGUGUCCUGCUGGAGAAGGGGCUCCUCGGUGGGCUCCUCUUCUUCCUCUUCGAGCGCAUGAAGAGAAAAGCAUCGGAGAUGUUGCCCUACCCUGCUCCACCUGCGGCCCCCGCAGCCGGGGCUCGGGGCUUGGCCGCUGCCAGCAGCGGUGUGUGA